UUUGGCAUUUUUGAUGCUUAUGCACCGGAGUUUAUAGAAAAAGUUUCCCGGAGAAUCUAUUAUUAUUUUUUUGCUUUUCUUUUCUUUUCAUUUUUUUUUUAUUUUUUAUUUUCCUGACUUUUUUAACACAACUAUGACGACUACACCUUCAACUUCUUCAUCUGAUAAAUAUGUACGGGUUGUCUCAUUUGAUACCAUGACUGAUAAAGACUUACCCGAUUACUGUUUUACUUUACGUGCGAAAACUCCUGAUUAUCGCCGUACAAGACGUUCACGAACUUUUCUUGUUGCUACUGAUUUGGCAAGUUAUAGUGAUCAUGCUCUUCAUUGGGCUAUCAAUGAUGUUAUGGAUGAUGGUGAUGAACUUAUUGUAUUACGAGUAGUAUCUGUGGAUAUGAAUGAUAAAAAAUCUGUGGUGGAAGCUACAUUGAAACGAGAAGAAAGGCAAGCAAGGGAAGAUGCAACCAAAGUGAUGGACCGUAUUAUGGCUACUGGCAAUGAAGAUAACAAGAUCAGUGUCAUUAUUGAAUUUGUUAUUGGGAAAGUACAAAGCACAAUUCAACAUAUGAUCACGAUGUAUCAGCCGUCUUUAUUGAUUGUAGGUACACGAGGAUUAUCAGAAUUCCAAGGUAUGCUUCUGGGUAGUGUAUCAAAAUAUUGUCUUCAACAUUCACCUAUUCCUGUGGUGGUGGUACGACCUCAGGACUCUGUCAAUAAACAACUUCGUGCUAUCAAUGAAAGUGGAAAGAAGAAUCAGAAGAAGGGUUCUCGAAAGAAACGUACCAGUCGACUCAGUGGAUUCUUUUCUCGAUCUACUUCACCAUCUCCAGCAGCCUCAGAAAACGAGUCGAGUGAUGAUGACAAUGUGGAUAAAAGAAAACUUUCAGCAACUUCUCAACAAAUGUUACAACUCAAUGUGGAUUAGAUUUAGUAAUUUUAAAUUAGAUGGAAUCUUAUUUUUUUAUUUUUAUUGGAUUAUUUAUUGAAUAACUGAAAAAUAUAUCAAAUGAAUAAAAAAUGGGAUUUGACAAAAAA